AUGGCACCGAGUUCAGUCGUAGUCACAAUCGACAAAUCAACCAACAUUUCAUUAGUGGAAGUCAGUGAUUCAGAUUCAUCUGUGUUCCUUGAAAAGCAGAAAACAGCAAGCACUAAGCAGUUUUCAUGGAUGCUUUUGUUAAAAGCUCAUAAAAUCCUCUCAUUCUUCCCAUGGUUAGCAAUUGGGUUCUCGAAAACUUUGAUUUCUGUUAAGAAACGAAUCGCUUUAGCUGAUUCCGGUAGAGAUGAAGUGCAGUAUAAAGAGCGAAUUAUCUACAGAUUCAUCAGAGCAUUUCUCGCCAUUUCGAUCGUAGCUUUGAUCGUUGAGUUCGUUGCUUAUUUCCAGAAUUGGGAUUUGCAUUUCAUUCAUGAAUUUAAUCCCACUGAAGUUUUGGGACUGUUUCAUUGGUCAUAUAUGGCUUGGAUUUCAUUCAGAGUUGAUUAUGUUGCUCCAUCCAUCACGAUGUUAUCACAAUUUUGUGUUGUUCUUUUCAUGAUUCAAUCGCUGGAUCGAUUUAUACUUGGAAUUGGGUGUUUCUGGAUCAAAUUCAAGAACAUAAAGCCAGUGAUUGAUGGUGAAGAUUAUGAUAUUGAAGAUGCUUCCACUUUUCCCAUGGUUCUUGUUCAGAUCCCUAUGUGCAAUGAAAGAGAGGUGUAUCAACAGUCGAUUGCAUCCGCUUGUCAGCUGGAUUGGCCAAAAGAUAGGAUCUUGAUUCAAGUUUUGGAUGAUUCAAGUGAUGAACUACUACAGAUUUUGAUCAGAAAUGAAGUGAAUUCAUGGAGAGAAAAGGGGGUUAACAUAAUCUAUAGACACAGAUUCAUAAGAACAGGAUACAAAGCUGGGAAUCUCCAUUCAGCCAUGUCUUGUGAUUAUGUCAAAAACUAUGAAUUCGUCGCCAUUUUGGACGCGGAUUUCCAACCGAAUCCUGAUUUCCUUCAACUCACCGUCCCUCACUUUAAGGGGAAACCAGAUGUGGGUCUUGUUCAAGCCAGGUGGUCUUUUGUAAAUAAAGAUGAAAAUCUACUUACAAGACUACAAAACAUCAAUCUUUGCUUCCAUUUUGAAGUUGAGCAACAAGUGAACAGCCAUUUCCUUAGUUUCUUUGGGUUCAACGGGACCGCCGGUGUUUGGAGAAUUCAGGCGUUGGAAGAAUCAGGUGGGUGGCUCGAAAGAACGACGGUCGAAGAUAUGGAUAUUGCGGUUCGAGCCCAUUUGAACGGUUGGAAAUUCAUUUAUCUCAAUGACGUUAAAGUUCUUUGCGAGUUGCCGGAGUCGUAUGAAGCUUACAAGAAGCAACAACAUCGAUGGCAUUCGGGUCCGAUGCAACUCUUUAGACUUUGCCUCCCGGCUAUCCUUAAAUCCAAGAUAUCGAAAUGGAAAAAGGCGAACUUGAUCUUCUUGUUCUUUCUUUUACGGAAGCUAAUUCUACCGUUCUACUCGUUUACGCUCUUUUGCGUAAUCCUUCCCUUAACGAUGUUCAUCCCCGAAGCCGAAUUGCCGAUUUGGGUGAUUUGUUACGUGCCCGUAACCAUGUCCAUCCUCAACAUCCUUCCGGCACCGAAAGCAUUCCCGUUCUUAAUGCCGUACUUAUUAUUCGAAAACACGAUGUCCGUAACCAAAUUCAACGCUAUGGUUUCCGGCCUGUUCCAGCUCGGAAGCGCAUAUGAAUGGGUAGUCACCAAGAAGACCGGCCGGUCAUCGGAAUCCGACCUACUAGCAUUCGCCGAAAGGGAAUCCAAGAGUUUCAGCGAAGAUAAAAUCCAACGGAGAUUAUCGGAAUCCGGGCUCGAAAUGCUCGGGAAAUUGAAAGAACAAGAAGCUCCGAUCGAGCCGAAGAAGAAAAACCGAAUCUACCGGAAAGAACUGGCGCUAGCGUUUCUGCUGCUAACGGCGGCGACCCGAAGUCUGUUAUCGGCCCACGGAAUCCAUUUCUAUUUCUUAUUGUUUCAAGGGCUUUCGUUUCUGGUUGUCGGGUUGGAUUUGAUCGGAGAACAAGUGGCGUAAAUGUGUUGCCGGAAAAGUCGACGGCGGCGAGAUGGGUCCUGCUAAUACGGCGGAGAUUUGGGUUUCCGGCACCGGUGGAGUUAAGGGGACGGUGGCGGUGGAUAUAAGAAUCAGAUGGGAGACUUGAUAUUAGAGUUGAUUAUUUUUUAUUUUUUUUUGUGUUAUUUUGUAUAAUUAAAAUCCGAAUUGGAUGAUGAAAAUUGGCUUAACCUUUAAUACUUGGCUCGAGGAACCAAUUUGGAUCGAGUUGUAUACAUUUCCAUGUGUAA